CAGGUCUUGAUGAAUCCCAUUGUGUCUAGGAUAAUUCUACAGAGAUUUUUCAGAAAGGCCAAUUUAACCCUUUAAAGGGUCUAUCCUCAGGGUACAGCCCUGACCUGGGACCAGUGAGGUUCUACCUCUGUAUUCCUGCAGUACUGAAGACGAGUCCUCGGAGUUUAGGAUCUUUGCAUAUCCUCCUCUAAUAUGUACGGGAAGCACAGUUUAGAGGAGACCAGGCACUGAUACUGGAGGCUAUUGGGAAGUGAGGGAGUCACGUAGCCUCGUUGCUAACUUUUUAGCAGAAGUCAGCAGUUUUAUAAAUGCUUGUACACAUCCUUCCUCUCAGUGCCAAUGGCUCGAAUAGACUUUACAAAUGGCAUUUUAUGUGGCAGAAGAGUUUCAGACAAUGUAGCUCUUAAAGGGGUUCUCCACCAUAAGGUGAUUUUGGUACGUACCUGGCAGACAGUAAUGGACAUGCUUAUAGAAACAUGGCUGCUAUAUUCAAAGUGCUGCUGUUUUUAAGUGCAUUGGAGAGAUAUUGCAGGAGACUGACUUGGAGUUUUCAACUGCAACAUCUGUGUUUUUGCUGACCGCUGCUUGAGAACAGAAAUGAUGCAGAAAUUAUCUAUGAAAUUAAAAUCUGGGAACUGAGUUCAUGUUGAAAUAAUGACUCGCCGCUUCUUCUUUCUCAGAGGAUCAUUGCUUCUGCUUUUUACUCUGGGAAGUUUUUGCAAUGACCAUGAAGGUAAAUGGACAUUCACUUUUCCACAAUCCAUAAGUGCUGUGAGACAUUCUGAUGUGGAGAUUCCCUGCAACUUCACUGCCCCCGCUGACUAUGGAGAGGUCCGGAUUGUGUGGUAUACAUACCAUAUAGCGCAAUACCCAAUAGUGUACAGUGAAGAUCAAUCUAAAAUCCUCCCGGAGUACAGAGGACGCACCUCACUUAUACCUAAUGGAGCAAACAGCUGCUCGCUGAGGAUCACGGGUGUCACUAAGAGAGAAUGGUAUUACCCCGGAAUAAGUAAAGAGAUAAAUUCCUAUAAAUUGAAUCGAGAAGAAACUGAGAAAGCCGUCCAGCUCAAGAUCCCAGGUUGCUCUGAUUCCUCAUGUAAGGGUUGGGGGUUCACUUACCCCAGAUCUAUACAGGCUUUAAAGGGUUCUUGUGUGGAAAUUCCCUGCAAACUCAAAUAUCCUGACAAUGCUCAGAAUUUGACCUUGUUCUGGUAUAAAAAUGUAUUCAUGGGAUAUCCUCAAAUAUUCAAUAGCCGAAGCUCUUCAGAUGUGGAAAAAAAGUAUAAAGGAAGAACAUUUCUGGUGGGAAAUCCAAUGGAUUCCUGUUCCCUGAGAAUGAAUGAUGUGCGAGAACCAGUGGAGAUCUACCCCGGGGUCAGUAAAGAGAUUAAUGCCUAUAACCUCUAUAAUGGAAGAGUCUGCAAAGUCUCUAUCAUAGAUACUCCUCCUGCACCAUUGAUGAAUGGAUCUGAGCAAAUGAUAGAGAAAGAACCGGUCCGUAUCACCUGCUCAGUAAAUCACACCUGCCCCUCCAACCCCCCAUCCAUUACAUGGAAUAACCCGGACUUACCGGUUACCAUGAGCCGUGAGGAUCGGGAUGAAGGAAUUCAGAGAGUAAAUUCUACAAUUACAUAUAAUCCUUCAUACAACGAUGAUAAAACGCAACUUAAAUGUACGGUUACUUUUCCGAAUAAAAGAGUGUUAAGCUACUAUGUAACCCUGAAUAUUAAAUAUAAGCCAAGAGAUGUAACAAUUUCAGUUGUAGAGAACAUUCAGCGAAUGGAAGGCGACAACGUCACUUUAUCGUGCACAAGUCGGGCUAAUCCAGUGGCUGAACACACGUGGUAUGAAGUGGGGAAAACUAAAACCAGAACCAGAACCGGGAAUGAAAUCACUGUGCAGAACGGGACUUCUGAGAAGUUUAUCUGUUCUGCCAAAAAUGACAUGGGAAGCAUAAACUCCUCCGUGUUUUCUUUUACAUCUUGUGAAGAUGAAAAUGUGACACAUAAGAACAUUGUGAUCAUUGGAGGUAUUGCUGGAAUUAUGGCUUUAGCUAUAAUAGUUCUGGUGGUAAUUUCCUGCUUCUUAAAGAGAAGACAAGGAACAACAAUCCCCACAGAGAACAAAACUCAGGAGAAUAUUAAGAUAACGGAGAAGAUAACAAUGGAGAAUAUGUUGUAUGGAAACUUUAAAGGCGCCGCAGAACAAAACUCUCCUGGAGCUCGGAAUUUUUACCUUCCACAUAAUAACGAUGGAGAAGAAACUAAGAGCGGCCAAUACAAGAAAGAGAAGAUGAUAAAAUCCAUUGUCUACACCUCAGUAGCGUUAUCUCCAGCAAAUCCCUAUCUAAAAGCUGCAAGAACCACUGAAGAGCCAGAAUACGCACAGCUGAAUAUCUAGAAAUUGGUACUAGAGAUGCUACAGACCCAAGAUGAACACGUGACAGACCUGAUGAAGUGAGCGGUCAACUCUCCAAUCAGAUCGUAUUCUAAUUCUAAGACCAGAGACCAUGAGCUACCCUCUCAAUGAGAGAACCUGUCACCAAAGUAAACUUCUAUAUAUUGUUCUUUAUGUAAUUAUAAGACAAUUUGCUAUUUACUUGCUGUUAAAAUUCUCAACCUUUAUAUGUUUUUAAUGUGAUUGAAAAAACGGCCACUAGGUGGCUCUGUUCUGUUCCCUUCCACAAGUCAGACAGUUAGUUUGGUCUCCUCCCGGCCUGGCAGGAGACCAAACUCAGGAAGUGGGUGCAGGGCAUGGCAAGGUACAGCUCUUCAGGCUUCAGUGACGUUGUACCUGCUGGGGAACGCCCACUUUCUCCUACCGGGAGCUCACACAAUGUGAGCAAGGGGAAAGGUAUUGAACUGAGCUUUUUAAAGCUUGGGGAAAAAAAAAUAUUAAGGGCAAGAGGGGUGUUAGGAAUAGUUAGGGAACAUAUUCUGGGUUAGUUUAGAAAAUAUGGUUUGAUGACAGGUACCCUUUAAGGCCCUUAAGAACCCUAAAGAAAAAAUAGAAUGUGACUAUUAAUCGGUACAGAAGCAACAAAAAUGGCUGUCUUUGUUUGUCAUUCAGUAUCAGCAACAACACCCAAUCUAACAUCCCCUUUAAAUUUGUUAUUUUAAAGUUAUCCGCAGGCUAGGGCAUAAGUCGAUGUUUGGUUGCAGUCUAACUGGUGGGACCCCCACUGAUUAUGAGAACAUAGGUCAGUCGUCCCGCGAGUGAAUGGAGUGGCAGCGCAGAGACUCCGGAAC